AUGGAUACAGACCUGGAAUCAGCGCUGGACUGUCUGCGCGACAUCAAGCGGAAGGACCUCGAUGCUCAGAAAGAGGUCAACUCAGUCAAAGAUGAAAUCGUAGCUACUAAUGCAAAGCUCGAUGCGUUACAGAAACAACGCAAAGAGAUGACGAAAAGGAAGAUUGAUGCGCUUCUCCGGCUAGCUGUCGUUUUGAACGCUGAUUCAACAAUCGCGAUCCUCGAAGAAGAAUCAGACGGCGAGCAUGUUUAUAAGCUCCACUUCAAAAGGCUUCUGUCCAUCGAGAAGAAAAGGGACUUCACGCUGACUCUUCGGGUCCUCCAAAAAUACAUUAGGCUCAACGUUUGGCAGCGGAUCUUCGACACAUUUAGGGAUACAGUUGUCAACUUUGAGAAAGCGGGAGGUCGUGUGCGGGUCCAGUUCGUGUACGACAGCUUCUACCCACGUCGAGUACCGAAGUAUGAUAUGCUCCCCGCUCUGAGACAUCCAGAAUCCAACUGGCGAGAGGAUGCAGUACGCUUCUUUGACAAUGUUACACGUCUGUGCGACAUACACAGGGCUUAUCGUAUCGAAAACAACGACGAUUAUGACCCCACUUCACGUCCCGAAGAUGGCGAUACUCCUUACGGGACGGAUGAAGACAUCUACAGCGAUGAAGGCGAUAGCGAUGACAGUGUUGAAAGGUAUCGCCAUGAUGGUCGAGGAAAUUAUCCAGGUGCAGUGUCUUCGCCACGUCAGUACGGAAGUGACCUCAUACAAUGGAAGAACGACUUGCUAGAGGAUCUCGAAAUGGAAGAAAGUGAGGCAAUCAAAGACAUGUACGAAUACUGGGAGAGCUUCGACGCGCCCAGCUGGGUGGGCGCCUCCUCCGAGUCUGAGCACGUAGAUGGACCUGGGUACGACCCAGAUUCAGGUUCCGAUUGA